AAAUUCACUAUUCAUCGAUAAUAUCACCUUCUGGACCUCUUCUACAUGAAAGAGAAUGGAAUAAACAUUUGUAGUUCUUUGGUAGAUCCUUAUCAUUUAUAUGAGCAGCUGCCUAUCUUUGUAGCACAUGAAGUGUAAGUUAUUUUCUGUUAAGGAUUGAAUUCUUUACAUCUGGAUUGGAAAACUAUGAACAAAUUCAUAAGAAACUCACAAGAAUGCAUUUACUAGAAAAAGCAUAAGAGUACAUCCAAUGAAGAUUUCAUAAAAGUUAGUAAGGAGUUCGUAAAAGUAGUGAACCAACGCAGAUGAAGAUACAUCAACACAUUUAUUUAAAUUAGAAGAGAUAUGCUACUCCUCGUGGAUCAAUGUAGAGGCACCAAUAAACACUUAAAAAAUAUGAAAUUAGUCUUUUACUAUUCUUUAAUAUUUUCACUCAUUUCUGUGUUAGCAAGGGGUCAAACACAGGGUUCAAGCGAGGAGAAAAGUCUGACUGAGGAUUCAAGAGAAGUAACAAGUUUGGCUCAGGAUUCAAGAGAAGUCGCAAGUCAGACUGAAGAUUCAAGAAAGAUCAAAAGUCAGGUUCAGGAUUUAAGAGAGCUCCAAGGUCAAGGCAUGAAUCUGCUAUUGGGUCCUAAUGUAAAACGUUCCAUACAAAACUAUGUGGCAGCUAGCAUGUUAAACAUUAUACCAGUCUCUACAAUUCUUGAAAAUGCUCAAAUAUUAUUUUUUGAAAGUUUAGAAAAAGAAACAAAUAUGGCUGUUACAAAUCACCUGAAACCUAAUGUAUCUUCAGAAUGUUUGGAUAGUAUGAGAGAGUUCGUGAAGGGACUAAAAGAAAUGAGAAUCUGGGCAAUAGAAAUGGUGGACUCUUUCGGGAAAAUACCUAGUGGUAUACUUGAAGGAACAGUGAAUGCUUUUGGAGAUUAUGACCAGUGUGUCAACGCAAAUGUACCUGGAAAAUUUCAAGGACACUAUUGCCGUUUGGCAGUAAGACAAUCCAGCAAAAAUUCAGGAAAUACAUCGUUUGAUUUCACACCCAUCGAUGUAUCAUAUGCAUAUAACAGAAAUUCGUCAAAGACACUUUUGGAAAUGUCUGCUGAAGGAGGUGUGGAUGGUCUGAAAUAUUUUCCAAUAACGACAUCUAUAUGCGUUCCGUCAACAUGCAAUGUAGAAGAAGUGAGAUAUCUUUUAGCAACAGUUAAUAAGCCAAAUCAAGACGCUCUUAAUAUUGCUGUGCAUGACUGUCUCCUCAAAAAGGAGUUAAACUUAACAUCUACUCAAAAAGCAAUACUAACUGCAAUUAUGGUCCUAAUUCUCUUCGAAGUAUUUGCUACGAUGAUUGAUUUUCGUAUAAGUUCAAUACACCCUGACGAGGAAUACAGAUCUACAUUAAAGCUUUCAACAAAAUGUUUACUGAGUUUUUCAUACCGAACAAAUGCAAUUCGAUUGUUCAAAAGAGAUGACAACCCAGAUUCAAUAAAAAUAUUUCAUGGCAUGAAAUUUUUAACAAUGGCAUGGAUUAUUCUAGGACACAGCAUUCUAUAUAACACUAAUGUCCUUUCGCGACUUUUAGAUGGAGUAAGACUGGCUGGACGUUUCUUCUUUCAAAUAGCAAUAAAUUCAUUUGCAGCUCCCGACACUUUCUUUUUUAUAAGCGGAUUUUUGGUAGUCUAUUCUAACAUGAAGUUAAACCUGCCAAAGAUACCAUUUGUUUAUUUUGUAUUAUAUCGUUAUUUGAGACUGGUGCCACCGAUUAUGUUCAUAAUAGGCGUCUGGAUUCUUUCUGCAAGCAUAGAUCAAGGACCCUUGUUUAAAGAGCAUGUUUUUGAAGAGUUCAUUGAUCACUGUGACAAAUUAUGGUGGAAAAAUAUUUUAUGUAUCAACAAUUAUAGUGGAGUUGAUGGUGAAUGUAUGCCCUGGACAUGGUAUAUAGCAGUGGAUCUCCAGCUUUACGUAUUGUGUUAUUUUCUCUUAAAUAUUUUAAGAAGAAAUCCAAAAAGAGUUUUAUUUAUUCUGAAGACAACAGUAGUGGCAAGUGUGUUUUAUCUAAUGGCGUAUUACGUUCAUUACGACUUACCUCCUGUACCCUUUUUGAUAUACAUCGCUCCAAAAGCUUCCUUGUACUAUACAAAAAUAGCACACGUAAGACCAGAUCCACACAUCGGUUCUUACUGUGUGGGCAUUUUGAUGGGUUACUAUAUUGCCACCCAGAAGAAAAUAAACUUAUCGAGGUCGAAAAUAUUUAUUGGUUGGUCCCUAUCAAUUCUGUUUGGAGGAUUCGUCGUCUUUGCAACUUAUUUAUGGAACUCAGGACGCGUUGCUACUACAUUGGAGUCUGCGUUGUAUGGUGGAUUCCAUAGACUUUUAUGGUGCUUAAUGAUUUCAUGGAUUACGUACAUGUGCAUCAAUGAAAAUGGAGGUGUAGUUCAGUCCGUUUUAAGUUGGUAUGGUUUUGUUCCACUUGGACGUCUGACUUAUAUGGCAUACUUACUUCAUCCAAUCAUUAUAAUACUGUGUUUUGGACGAUUUCGACAUUCUAUUGCUGCGGAUCAAAUGUUCUUG